AUGGGCGUCUCCCCCGAGCUGCAGAGCGCCUUCGCCGCCGCCGCGGACGAGCUGCUGGAGCGGCUGCAGCAGAUCGUGGACCAGGCCGUGGAGCAGACGCGCGCCCGGCUCCAGGCCGAGCACGAUGCGGCCCGGCGCCAGGUCGAGGCCGAGCUGGAGGCGCGGGCGGGGGCGAUGGAGAAGGAGGGCCAGGUCAUGGCCGCCGCGCGGGCCGACGAGGUGUUGGAUCUCAGCCUGGCCGGCGAGCGCGACGUCUCUGUGUUGCGCAGCACGCUGUGCGCGGUGGACGGCUCCAUGCUCGCCGCGACCUUCAGCGGGCGCUGGGACACCCAGGCGCCGAAGGACUCCCGAGGGCGCUUCUUCAUAGACUACCCGCCGCAAGUAUUCGACCCGUUGCUUGGCUACCUGCGGGAGACGAAGCUCGCGGGCCCCGGGACUCCCGUGGUGUGGCCGCCGCCAGUGGCCGAGGAGCACCAGGGCCUCUUCCGAAAGAUGGCGGAGUAUUACGGAGUGGCUCCGCCUCCCGUGUUCUCACGGACGCCUUCGCGAUUUGCCGGCACCAACAACUCGGUCGACAUCGAUGGCUCCCCGGAGGCGAUCCGCCUAUCCGCAGACGUCCCCGUCACCCUGCGCGGCCUCCAGGUGCUCGGUCCCCGGACGGAGGAGGUCGCGCAGUACGUCGGUUGGCUGGCCGUUCAUAGGGGUGAUGAGCAGCUGGUUCGGCAGGAUGUCGAUUACACGGUGGAGGCCGCUGAAGGCGUCGCCGCCGAGUUGAUGCUCGACAGCCCGGUGGAGCUCGAAGCAGGCGUGGCGGUGCUGUGCGUGAGAGGGCCUCCCUCCACCUGCGGGGAGUCCAGCGGCCACCAGAGCGAGGUCGUCGCAGACGGCGUCGUGGUUACCUAUGCUAACAGCCCCUUGGACGAAGCCGGCACGGGCCUGCUGGAGGGCGUCAUACCCGGGGUCGUCCUCAGCCGCCAGCUCUGA